CGCCGCGCGCGGACCGCACGCCGUGUGUUUCUCGCCUCACCCGACCGCCCGACGAGCCGCUCGACCGCCCGACGUCCCCGCGACACCCGCGCCGCCCCCCACCCUCGACGCGCACGCAUAGUCUGUUGCGGGUAAUCCGGCGGCUGUGUUGCGAGUGUGUUGUGCGCACGCGCGCCGCGCUCGACGCAACAGAUAGGCGGGUCGGACCGGCGUCGCGGCACGGCGGGCGCGACACACGCCGCGCGCCGCGCCGCACUCGCGUCCGCGCCCCGGUCCACGCCGCCGCGCACACGGCCCACUCGCAAGUUGCACGUUUGCGAUCGCGACCGUCACUUCACUCGGCUCUGCUCAUCACACAGGUGUGGUAACAGAGAGAGUGAGAGAUCCCAACGCACUCUGCGUAAUACCCGGCGCUGGCGCAGUCUUUGUGUGCAGUGUUUACCUUGUGUACAGUGUAGUGUCUUCAUGUUAGUCUUCAUUAAUCUUAAUAUUAAUAAAUAUUAGUGAGAGUUGUAAAUGUUGUAAUCUUAGGCGUAAGGGAUGGACCAAUAUAAAACAAGUACCUAAUAUAACAAUAGGCAGUGAACAGAACGCAGAGUGAAGUGUUGAGAUGGAUGUGUUGGUGGGGGUGUAGCGGCGCGGGCGGUGCGCGGGCGCCAUGUCGCAGCCGAUGAAGCGCUCCUUCAGCUCGGAGGGCACCGCCUCCAAACGCGACUGGAAGAUGCGGCUCAGCCUGCGCAGCCGCAGCGGGCACAGCGUCGACAGCGUGCGUGGGCGGCGGUGCGCGUCCCUGCGCGGGCCGACGCCGGCGCGGGGCGCGGCGGGGGGCGCGGGGUCCAGCGCGGGAGAUGACUCCGGCCGCAGCACGCCGGGCGGCGCGCGCGCCUCACCCUCGCCCGCCGAUGCGCCCGCGGCACCCAAGAAGUCCAACUGGGAGGUCAUCGAGCACUUCUCCUCCAGCCGCAGCAAGAAGAGUCCCACCUCGGUGGAGACGGAGGGCGCGGCGGCGUCGCCGGCGCUGCCGCUCUGCCCCGCCGGCCGGCCCGACGCUGACGUGCAGCCGCUACUCAGCGAUGACGCACGUGCGGAUGGCGGGGGCGGCGACGACGCAGGCGCGGGCGAGUUGCGUGGCGGGCGCGGCUGCUGGCACCACUGCGCACACGCACUGCCGCCGCCGCUGCGCGCUCUCUGCGCCUCGCACCGGUUUCACAACCUCCAUGUAGAGAUGCUGUACCAGCGCUAUUUCCUGCGCAUGAACCAGACCAAUAUGACCCACCUGCUGGGCCUGCUGCUGGCCGUGGCCGUGGCGCUGCUCGUAGUGCAGGCGCGCGCGCUCUUCGAUGCGCACGCACACCCGCGCCCGCCACUCUACAACCACUCCGCAUACGAGGACUUACUAUACAACAUGUCGGACGAGGAGGCACGGCAGAGUGCGCAGGCGGCGGCGCGCGAGCUGGCGGGCAACGUGACGCGGCUGCGCGCGCAGCUCGGCGAACGUGAGCGCGUCGCGCACAUCGUGCACGUCAUCGUGCUCGGCAUCUCCGCCCUCGUCUACGCAUGCCUGCUGGCGUGCCUCAGCCGGCCCGCCAUGAAUGAGAUCUACCUACUGACCAUCUCCUACGUCGUGCUGGUCACCUUCCUGCUCAUCGAGCUGUCGCUGGCAGGUUCCGCCGUGCUCAGGUCUGUGGGCGUGGGCGCGGGCGCGUGCGCACUGUUCACAUACCUGACGUACGCGACGCUGCCGGUGCGGCUGCACGAGGCCACAGCCGGCGGGCUGGCGCUGGCAGCCGUCAACCUGCUGGCGCGCCUGCUGCACGACCGGAGCACACCUGAACAGGUGUGGUGCGCGGUGGCGACGCUGGCGGCGGUGAACGCGGCGGGCAUUAUGACGCACCACCCGCGUGAGCUGGCGCAGCGGCGCGCCUUCCUCGAGACGCGCGACUGCGUCGAGGCCCGACUCGUCACACAGCGCGAGAACCAACAACAGGAGCGGCUGCUGCUGUCGGUGCUGCCGCGCCACGUUGCCAUGGAGAUGAAGGCGGACAUCGCCAGCCAGCCGCGGCAGGAGCAGUUCCACAAGAUCUACAUCCAGCGAUACGAGAACGUCAGCAUCCUGUUCGCGGACAUCUGCGGCUUCACGUCGCUGUCGGACCAGUGUACCGCGGAGGAGCUGGUGCGCCUGCUCAACGAGCUGUUCGCCAGGUUCGACCGGCUGGCGGCGGAGCACCACUGCCUGCGCAUAAAGCUGCUGGGCGAUUGCUACUACUGCGUGUCGGGGCUGCCGGAGGCGCGCGACGACCACGCCAAGUGCUGCGUAGAGAUGGGCCUCGACAUGAUCGACGCUAUCGCGCUGGUGCGCGAGGUGAUGGCUGUGAAUGUGAACAUGCGCGUGGGCAUCCAUACGGGGCGCGUGCACUGCGUGGUGCUGGGCCUGCGCAAGUGGCAGUUCGACGUGUGGUCCAACGACGUGACCCUCGCUAACUACAUGGAAAGCGGCGGCGUCGCCGGGCGUGUGCACAUCACCAAGGAGACCCUGCGGUGUCUGGGCGACGACUACAAGGUGGAACCGGGCCACGGCGGGCAGCGCAACGCCUACCUCAAGGACCACAACAUCGAGACCUUCCUCAUCGUGCCCGACGACACCAGCCGCGUGGACAAGAAGCCGCAGCACUCGUUCUCGAUCAACGGCAACAUCUCCAAGGAGAUGCGCGUCAUGGGCCACGGAUCACAGCACGGCAAACAUUCAUCUAAGAUCGGAAUGGACGCGGCCAACGAGUACAAGAAGCCGGAGGACGAGGUGAACGACUACCUGAUGAAGGCCAUCGAUGCGCGCUCCAUCGACCGCCUGCGCGCCGAGCACUGUCGCCCCUUCACGCUCACCUUCCGCGACAUCAAACUGGAGCACAAGUACACGGCCGAGCGCGACCGCAUGCUGAAGGUGUACUUCGUGUGCUCGCUGGUGGUGUACGUGGCGGUGGUGGUGGUGCUGGCACUCGGAUUCCACGUGACCGUCGCGGGCGCCGGUGUGGCAGUCGGCUGCGGGGUGCUUCUGGCGCUGCUCACGUACUUCGUGCUCGCCGUGGACUUCCACGGGGCGGGCGUGCGCGUGGUGGCGUUCGCGCACCGCGUGCACCACGACCGUACGGUUGCGCAGGCGCUGUCCGUGCUCGCCGUCACCGCGCUCGCCGCGCUCGUGCAGGUCAUCGUGAUGCAGAGUGACUGGUCACUCACCGUGCGCGUCUCCUCCGCGGACCCGCGGGACUGUCCCUACGACAUGAAUGAGCACUACCUGCAGCUGACGCUGCUCGCGAUGUUCGUGUGCGCGGCGCACCAGAUCCUGAUCACGCUGCUGAAGACGGUGCUGCUGGUGGCGAUGUGCGCGGUGUACGUGGUGCUCGCGUCGCACCGCACCGCGCUCGGCACUGCGCCCGCGCACGCUGACACGUCCGCUGCAGACGACCAGGCUGAAUGCUCGCUGGAGUGGAGCCAGCAGUGGACCUGCGUGGUGGUGGCGCUGGGCGCUUGCGUGGCGCUGUUGCUGCACUCGCAGCAGACCGAGAGCACCUACCGCCUCGAUUUCAUCUGGAAACUACAGGCCAACGACGAGAAGGAGGACAUGGAGCACCUGGAGGCGUACAACCGCAAGCUGCUGGCCAACAUCCUGCCCGAGCACGUCGCGCAGCACUUCCUCAACAGCGACAAGAACAUCGACGAGCUGUACCACGAGCAGUGCGAGUCAGUGUGCGUGAUGUUCGCGUCUAUCCCCAACUUCUCCGAGUUCUACGUGGAGCUGGAGGGCAACAACGAGGGCGUGGAGUGCCUGCGCCUGCUCAACGAGAUCAUCGCGGACUUCGACGAGAUCCUCGCCGAGGACUCCUUCAAGUACAUCGAGAAGAUUAAGAGUACCGGCGCCACAUACAUGGCCGCCUCGGGUCUGACGGCGGCGACACGCGACCUGCGCGGCUACAGGCACGUGACGGCCAUGGCGGAUUACGCGCUGCGCCUGCGCGAGCAGCUGCAGUACGUCAACGAGCACUCCUUUAACAGCUUCCGCAUCCGCAUAGGCAUCAACAUCGGGCCGGUGGUGGCGGGCGUGAUCGGCGCGCGCAAGCCGCAGUACGACAUCUGGGGCAACGCCGUCAACGUGGCCUCGCGUAUGGACUCCACCGGCCUGCUGGACCACAUCCAGGUGACGGAGGAGGUGUAUGACAUCCUGGCGGCGCGGGGCUACCGGCUGCGCUGCCGCGGCACCGUCGACGUCAAGGGCAAGGGCAACAUGGUCACCUACUUCCUGGACGGCAUGGGCGACUCCAGCCACCCCGCCUACCCCGCCCUCGCCCACGCUGCCGAACGCGACCUCUACUCGAAUCCGACUCCGUCGACGUCAACGGAGGGUGCGGAGGGUCCCGUCCGCGCCGCGCUGGCUCUGGCGGAGGUAGGCGCAGGCGCCGCCGGCACCACCCCGGCCGAGGAGCGCGCGCUCGAGACGCUCUCCGAGGGCCACACCGAUGAAGACGCAGGGCUUUCGCCAAGGCCCUCCAUACCGACAGAACACUUAAAUGGAUCGACGAGUUCAAAAUUAGCGAACGGGGAGCCAGCGUGCGUAUCACGGGAGAGCCUGGAGUGUGCGGCAGCGGUUCGCGCGCGGCGCCUGCGCCGGCUGGAGCGGCCGCGCUCGCUGGCGGACGCACUGCCGCCGCCCGCGCUGCUGGCGCUGAUACACGCGCGCACGCGCUCCUCGGAGUGGGCGGCGGUGGACGUGGAGGCGGCGGGCGUCACUGGGUCCCGCAGCAGUGGCUCGCUGGACGUGGAGGUGGGAGCGCCGCGCCGGGCCGCCAGCCUAGCGGACGUGCUGCAGCGCCGCAAGCACGCGCGCCUGCCUGCCUGCCACGUGAUCGAGAACCCGCUGCACGCGGCCACCGCCCCGCUCGAAGACGACCCGCCGCCCCGCUGAGGCGCGCGCCCCUCCACUACCACCGCCACAGACGUUGGUGACGACCACUCGGAUGUACUAUGAACGAAUUUAUUGAUAUUAGGCUAGGUAUACGGUUAACAUUAUACGCGGAGCGUUGGAAUUAGAAGGUUGUGAUAUAUCGCUGGAGACGCGGGAUCAUAUACGCUUACGGCAGAGACUGCCACAAAAUGAGUCAAUUGCAAUAUUGAUGCGAGGGAGAGGUCGCAGCGAGGCACUCCCGCGCAUUGGGGGAGGGCGGCCGCAGUUGGAGAAGGAGUUUAGUAUUUAUUCUUAUUUUAAGUUAACGUAUACGUUUAGCACGCGCGCUGCGGCGGCCCUCCCCGGUAGCGGCAGCUUGAGGGUUCUGCCACGCUGCAGAGCACCUACCGACUGAGAGCCAGUUCCACUUCAAACUCAUUUUAUCCAAUUGUAACCUAAUCAUCAUCUAUACAGCUAUAGGCCAAACAAGAUUAGGAACUAUUUAUACUUACAGAAACGUUAUUUUAUUCUCUAAAAUAUUUACUACUGAAUUAUUUGUAAUAUUGAAGUGUCUACUGAUGUUUUUAUAAGUUAUCGUUUUUACUUAAAAUAUAACAUUGUAUGUAGAUACGUUUCCCUCUUUUAUGGACCUUAAAAUUGACAUACUGUAAGUAUAAUACGAUUUAUCAUUAUCAAACAUAAGUAAUAGAAAAUGCAAAUAUGACAUUAUUCCUUGUUAGUGAAUAAGCAAGUAGGUCGAGCGUCGCUACUCUCGUUACAAUAGGUAACUCCUCCGCUGCGAACCAAAAUAUAUUGGGCUGAUGUGUGUGUGGCGUCACUCGAACAAAGUCAGAAACAAAGUCGCACCUAAGAUUUGUUUUACUAUUUUGAUAAGAACUUUGCAAACCAACACAAUACACCAGCUUAGGAACCAAAAUAGGUUUAACCUCGGCUGUGUAUUUAUUGACGUACAAUCGUACUAUUCAGUAAUUUUCUAGAUCAAAGAUAAAUUAUGAAAUUCUGAUUACUUACUUACUAAAUGCAGAAUGCAGACAGAUCUAAAGGUGACAAAAACGUUUACUUUUUUAUACGUUUUAGUAAAGAAAAAUGUAAUAAUAAGUGUGACAUUUUGUCACGUUUUUCUAUGACAGGUUGCUUUUUCAUACAAAUUCUAUAUUAAUUUCGUGUUUUGACGUUCAGUAACAAGUAACUGAUUUGACUAGUUGGAAACUAACCUAUUUUAAUCAGGACGUGAUUUUAGUACGGUCUAAGUUCAAAAGAAUUUAUCUCUGAAUCAAUCUGUGUAGGUCGCCGUUUAAAAGAAUAUCAUUGAACUUUGGGUUUGGACACAAAACAGGCUCUAGAUAAAAAUGCCAACCGCAUGUAGCGGUUGGAUCAACGCAAGGAUAAAAGCAACAUAAUUUAGAUCUACUUACUUACCUGGUUUUCUGAGACCUAAACGCACACACACUCAAUACCUACUCGACUCUACACUGUUCGUUUUUAGCUAAUGUCGAUAAUUUUAAUUUAAUCAUGAUCUUAGUAGGAUUAAGGUCAACCAUGCAGUGCGCAAACAAUUUGAAUUAUUGCUUAAAUACCUUUGUGAUUGACAGAAGAGAUAGAAAAAUGUGCUUAAUCAUUUAUUACUGAUAGGUAGGUAUUUUAUUAAGUUAUUUAACAUCUUUCUUAUUGACAAUGUAGAUUAUAUCGAUCAAUUUUACCUUGUACCUGUCAUCAUAUUAUACUAGAUUAGAUAUAUUUUAUAUUAGAGGUGUUUAGAAGUGCCAAAAUGUUCGAAUAUCAAGGACUGUAUCCUGUUUGAAAGUCCCAUCGCAAAGAGGCUCUCUCACGGACCGGCAAGGUUCUAGGACAUCCGCGUCCAGUAUUCAAUACAAAGCAGGAAGUAGUAUACAAUUUUUCUACAAAAAUGCUUAUUCCACAAAUGUCUAGAAAGUCUUGAAAGGACCAAUUUGCAAAAUUACAUAAGUAAGUAAUUCUUUUAUAACUCCUGACCAACUUUGCAAAGGACCAGAUUUCGAAAUGGAUAAAGUUAACUUAAAUUAACAUUACAAUAUACCCACCUACUCAAAGCCAUGUAGAAUUUUUCCAGGGUAGCCACAGGGUAAGUAAAGAUGGGACCGUUUAAAUUGUUUACUCGUAAUUAUUUGUGCCCUUUUCUUCUGUUUUUAAUCUUAUUGGUAAGUGUAACACACAACCUACUUGUAUAGUUAAAAUUUCACCACUAAAAGGGAUUUGUAUUCUGUAUACGACGUCCUGUGUAACUAGGUAUAAUAAUUGUCAAUUCUCUCCGCCCAGCAACCACACCGGUCCUUGAAGGAGCCCCUGACUCUUCAGUUGUUUGCGCUCUGUUUCUAAGUACUUAUUUAAUUAAGUAAUUAACAAUAAAAAGCUUGAUAUAAUGUAAUCGUUAUUUAACUGUGAUGUAAUGAUGUAUUAAUCGAAAAUAUUUCAAUUAUUUUAAUAGUCCUGUCUGGUAAACUUGUCACGGUACGUACGUAGUUAGUUUAUUGUAUAUUUCCUUCAAUUACAUUUGUGCAAUUUAAAUAAUUACCUACCUAUUGUAAUGUACUACGCACCACUGUACCGUUUAAGCACGUAAGUAGAUAUCUUUCAAUAAAAAAAUGUGCGAUGGGAAGUGACGGCGGCAGUUGGCGAUUAUGCUACCGGUACUUAAUGAGCUUAGAGUGAUCAGUUUUAUGGAUAUGGAUUAUGUGAAUGCCCAUCUAAAGCCACAGUAGUCACAUCACUACGCCGUCGCGGUGCACAAAACGACAUACGGGGGUGAGCAGCCACUCUGCCGCCACUUCCUAUUCACUACACACAAUAGAUACUAUUAUAAUAAUUAUCAUAUUAAUAAUUCUCUGUGUUACCCAAUAACCGAAUUAAUGUGAUUUUCCGUAAUUUAGACCAAAUUAGUACCUACUCCUAUUAAUUCUAGAAUCCAUUGUGUCUAUCUAUAUAAUAUAUUUAAUUCACUUAGAAAAAAGCUAAGUAUUUUUCGAUGUCGUAUACAUAAUCGUAGGUAACUAAUAUUAGUAAUAAAUGUGCCAAUUUAGCAGGGUGACGACCUGCCUAACAGUAUUAACCUAUUUUUUUUGGAUUCGUAAUUAGUGGAUGCGUCGUGUCGGGCGCUGCUGGACGCGGCUUAAGCGCGUUACCAUAGUAACGGGCAGCUGACCAUUAUGUGAUCGCGUUAACGCGUAUCUGACCACAUGUAGUCGCGUUAACGCGCGGCUCCGCAUUUACCUAACCGCGGUGUCAGCCCGCGUGGGGCGGCGCCUGCCGCGGCGGCCCACCACAUGUCACCACUCCCAUCACCUCCCCAUUCACUGCUUCAUCCCCAACGCUGUUACGUUAAGCACAUUUACAAAUCAUCACACUUUCACCGUCAAAAUGUUCAAGAAGGUAAUUUGUGUAUCACAAAUGUACGGUGUUUGACAAGAGCAGGUGUAUGGCAUUAGCAGGGAGUUCCUACGUCGUAGCACCCGUAGCAUUAGACAACGCGCUAACCAUUCUACAAAGAACGCUAUUUAUAACAAGCUUGAACAGAAGGUGCUUACUCGAGUUACAAGACCUGGACUGGUGUCUUUGGGGAACUAAAAGAAAUUAUUUAAGCUAACGACUUCCAAUUGCCUUUACCCUGCGCUGCCAGACGAUUAAAGUUCGAAGACAAGAAAUCUGUAAAUCAUACCUACUUCACGAAGCAUGUUUAUUCACUGCGAAAAGGGUCGUCAAAAUACAGUAUCUAAGCCCGCAUCGUCUGUCAUAGGCCUCUGCCUACCCCCUUCCGCCACACUCGCCUAACAAACCUACACUUUAUACCGGCGUACAGAAAUCACCUUCUUGAAGUUCUCGAAAAUUCUGUUGAUAACCCGUAUAGUUCAAGAGCCAGCUGUCCCCAGACCUUCGUUUCGAAAAUAGCCUAUUAACAAAGACUCGCUUGUGUUGGUACGAUUUUUAAACAAAUUAAUUUUAUACCGCAUUUAACCAAUUCAUUAUCAAAAAUACUACCUAAACUUAUUGAAACACAAUUUUACAAUGAUUUGAUUGCGGUCACGUGACAUUAAUCUCGCAAGGCGCUAACGACGCACGCCGCGCACUAUAUUAUGUAUCCGCCUUUAUGUCAGAUCACCUUCCACGCAGAUGCAAAGUAUGUAUAUUUUCAUCAUUUUGACAUCGUGUAGAUAAAAAUGUUGGCUCCCUAAUUUAUAAAUAUAAUUGCUAUGAAAAACAAUAAAAUUUAUUAAUUCCGGUAAGUUUAUUAAUGUUUAAAAUGACUAAAUAUAAAUUCGGUCCCAAAAUCAUGACUUUAUGUAAAAGCUCGUCAAGCGCCGGCACUCAGCGAGGAGCAAAAAAUAACAUCCGUGGUUCAGUCAUAAACUGCCUAUAUACGUCCCACUGCU